GUCGGGGUGAGAGCCGCUCGUCGCCUUCUGCCUCAGCCAUUCAUUCUCGGCAAAUGACUGAGCACAGCGCUCCUCCACCGGGAACCUGGGCAGGGUAUUAGAAAGGGAGGAUUUGCAGAUCGACAGUUUUAACUUAACGUCCAGUCGAGUACUGGGAGAGUCUCUUGAUUCAUCGGAAGCUGAAUAUCUCUUUGUACCUUUUGUACCUGCGAGAAGAAAUGUUCACCUGUUCUGUCAGUGAGAAGAGACUUCAAACAGCAGUCUGACUGGAAACACACACUCUGACACACACAUUCAUAAACGCACACACACACGCAUACACACACGCACAUGCAUACACUCACACUAACACACAAACAUUCACACACACGCACGUAUACAUGCACAAACACACACACACACACUAACACACACACAGUGAAGCAGUGCACCAACUGAGGACAGACUUUUAACCAGGACAGUGUGGAGAGACUGGCCCACUCACAACAGUGGGAAACUGUACGUUUGGUCAGUGUACGAUCAAAGAUUCAACGGAUCAUCCAACCUGGAGAGACACAAGGAUAACCGAACCAUGGAGAAACCACAUAAGUGUGUGGACUGUGGGAAGGGAUUCAGUUACCCAUCUGAGCUGGAAACUCACCGGCGCACACACACCGGGGAGAGGCCGUUCUCCUGCACCGUGUGCGGGAAGGGCUUCACCCAGCUCUCCAGUCUACUGAGGCACCAGCGCAUCCACACCGGUGAAAGGCCGUUCACUUGCUCCGUGUGCGGGAAGGGCUUCACCCACUCCUCACACCUGGUCAGACACCAGCGAAGCCACACCGGCGAGAGGCCGUUCCCCUGCUCCGUGUGCGGGAAGGGCUUCACGCAGUCGUCCCACCUGCUGAAACACCAGCGGGUUCACACCGACGAGAGGCCGUUCGGUUGCCCGGACUGUGGCAAGAACUUCAAGAGCCCCGGGGAGGUGAGGAUCCAUCAGCAGACUCACACGGGCGAGAGGCGUUUCCGGUGCUCUCACUGCGGCAAGUGCUUCGGGCAGUCGAGUGACCUGCUGAAACACCAGACCGUCCACACCGGGGAGAGGCCCUUCACCUGCUCUGAGUGCAGGAAAGGAUUCACCCGCUCUUCCCACCUGCUGAAGCACCACUGCAGCCAGAGCGACGAGAGGUGCUUCAAGUGCUCCGAGUGCGGGAGAAGCUUCAAAAGGUACGCGGAGAGAAUGAAGCACCAGCUGAUGCACACCGGGGAGAGGCCGUUCAGCUGUGCCGUGUGUGGGAGGGGAUACACACAGGCCUUCCUCCUGCUGAGGCACCAGCGAGCUCACAAGUGACCGCAGGGGUUAACUUGCACUGCUGUUGCCAUGGUUAGUGACUUUAAGCGCUGAACUGCACCCAGUGCAAGAGCUGGAGUUUGUUCACAGUGACAAUCGCUGGAGGUGGCUGGUGUCAUGGGUGUUGGUCAA